UUUUUUUAGUUCGUUUCAUUGAAGAUUGACAAAAGUUCGGGACAUUUUGUGAAAUUGCACGGAGUUUACAGCAAAGUGCUUUAAGUGAGGAGGAGGAGAAGAACAAGGAGGAAGGCCGACGGUUUUGUGGAGUUAUCACACCAUUCCUCAUGAACAUACAGAGGUCAAAUCCAAUUAACAUUUCACGUUAUGGGAGAUCGCGGCACAAAGCGCACGAUUUUGAAGAAUUAUCUUGUUUAAGGACUACAGAGUCUCAUCAGAGUUUCAGUCCCAACCUCGGGUCCCCCAGCCCGCCAGAGACCCCGGACUCCUCGCACUGUAUCUCCCGCAUCGGGGACUACCUUUUGUUGGAGCCACUGGAGGGAGACCACGUUUUCAGAGCCGCCCACCUGCACAGCGGGGAAGAGCUCGUAUGUAAAGUUUUUGACAUUGGCCGAUACCAGGAGUCACUGGCGGCCUACUUUGCCCUUGGACAGCACCAACAUAUUAACCAAAUUCUGGAGAUCUUGCUUGGGGAGACAAGAGCCUAUGUGUUCUUUGAGAGGAGCUAUGGCGACAUGCACUCUUUCGUCCGUACCUGCAAGAAGUUGCGGGAGGACGAGGCUGCCAGACUCUUCUAUCAGAUAGCCUCGGCUGUAGCACAUUGCCACGACAACGGACUGGUCCUCCGUGACCUCAAAUUGAGGAAGUUUGUUUUCAAGAAUGAGGACAGAAACCUUGUGAAGCUGGAGAGCCUUGAGGACACUUAUAUCCUGGACGGUCACGAUGACUCCUUGUCAGACAAACAUGGCUGCCCAGCUUACGUCAGCCCUGAGAUCCUCAAUGCCAACGGCAGCUAUUCGGGGAAGGCAGCAGACGUCUGGAGUCUAGGCGUCAUGUUGUACACCAUCCUCGUGGGGCGCUACCCAUUCCACGACGUUGAACCCGGCUCCCUGUUCAGCAAAAUCCGCAGGGGCCACUUCAACAUCCCUGAGACACUCACACCUAAGGCCAAGUGCCUGAUCCGCUCCAUCCUGCGCCGGGAGCCUGCAGAGCGCCUUACGUCUCGGGAGAUUCUGGAGCACCCCUGGUUCACCUCAUCUGGGGCAUUAGGGGGCUCCCUGGUGCAAGGUAGAGCAGAAAGGGAGCAAGAGCAGAUGGUGCCUGAGGUCAACAUGGAGGAGGAGCUGGAGCAGUUCUUCAGCUGAGCAAACACCAAGCACAAACGGAACGACUCCGCCACGGUCGGCUCGCCACACUCGCAGCAGAGCCAAAAACAGUAGUGUAGAGAUUAAUAGGUGAACAUUUGUCACUCUUAAUAAAGGUGUUUCCAUCCUGUUUCCUUUCCACCAUUUCAUGGAAAACCUUGAGCCUGGCAUGACAAAUGGCAUCUAUAUGUCACCUGGUGAUGCACCUCCCGUUCGGGGACAGUGCCACCAGACAUGCAAGUCGCAAACAAUGUAGCAAAUGUUCUUUUGGAUCUGUUUGGUUUAAUGUGGUGCUCAUAAAGGUAGAUGCAUUCACCAUUUCUGACACUAUGGAAAGCAUGAAGGGACAUAAGAACACAGGAAACCAAGGAGAACAAAUGUAAAAGAACUGACAAACUGCAGCACCACACCUUUUUUUUUUUUUUCCCCCUUUUGUUCAUCGAUACAGAUUUUAUUUUCCAUAUCGCUUUAGGUGGCAUCGAUUUUAAAACCACAGACCCAGGGUCAGAAAAUCACAACCCCCAGCUGUGUUGUCAAACUAACACAAAGUGAUUAUCCCUGACCUGGGACCAUAGGUUUGGAUUUCUCAUUACCUACAUGGUUGACCUCAUCUUUUUCUUUUUUUUUUCCAAGUCUUGUUUUGUCGUUUUUGUUAGAUUUUACAUCUACAUUUGGAUAGCCACUACUCGACAGCCUUGUUUUCGGUAACUAGUGUGUUUCUGUUUGAGUCUCAGAAGCUUUUGCCACACUUUAUUCACCAUCACCUUUCCUUUCGUGUCCUUUCAUCAACAGUCAUUUUGGUUUUGUUUGUAAGCUAUUCCAGUUUGUUGUUAAUGCUGCUUUCACAUCACUCCCUGAACCUCAAUAUUCAACCGUGUUCUUGGUAAACCUCCAAACAUGACGUCAUGCACUUAAUGUGGUAGGUGAACGGACGAUUCCACCUCUUAAAAUUAGCUUCCUCUUAUUUAAAUUCAUUCUUCAGUUGUAGAAACAAGAGCGAAACAUUUAUUUAAAUUGUAACAGCUAUAUAUAAAUAUAUAUAAAUAAAUAUAUAAAAAUAAAUAUAUAUAUUUAAAACUACAUUGCAGGGUUUUUCUUUAUUCAGAGAUUCCUUUUUCAUGUAUGAUGUAGGCAAUAUCUUGACACAGGACAGGCACGAAGAGAAAUGUCUGUCUGAAGUUUUAGAUUUCACAAUAUCUUCUGUGCCAGUAUUCCUGUGCCCGACAGUCCAUGCCACCUGGUCUCCCUCAUUUCUUUUUAAACUUGAUACGAGAUAUUCAGUGAUAGUAUUGCUAUGACAUGCUCACUCCAGGACCUUCUGUUAGUUUUCUACUGCCUGCGUAGGUUCUGUGAAACGACGAUGCUCAGAAUGAGUACCAGUGGACAUGUUUUGUCGUAUCUCAAUGUUACUUGAAUUUGUGUUUUUAUCUAGUCAUUGGCAUGUGCCCCAUGGAUGCUAUAGCCUGCCUAGCAGGGGGGGGAGGGGGUGGGAGAGGGAUGGGGGUGGGGGGGUGCUUGUUUUUAAGAAAAGUUAAAACAUGAAAAUUCUCAAUUUGCUACUUUCUGAGUUGCUUUUCAAUAAUAAAAAAACAACUAUUGCUUUUAUUGUUUUGUAGACUGAGCUACUUUUUAUUUAAGUUGGUGCUGAUUUGGUGCUAAUGUUUAGUCCUUUUGUUUCAUGGAGGGGGGUGGUGCAUGGUGGGAUAUCUGCCUCAGAUGUUCUGAUUGUAUCGUAACAGAUUCUUGUGUUUUGUCCAAAUUUAUUCAGUAAAUAAAUUGUGAACUGCU